AUGCAGCCACUGGAUGCGCAGCCGUAUGAGACGGCGCUGCAACGAUUGUUGCGCGCCGCGGUCUGCAGUGACGAACAGUUACACGAUUACCAUCUCUCUCAGGCCCUCCGCAGCCUGGCGUACGCCGUCAACCGGGCGUCUCUCCCCGUCGCUACGCCGCACCCCUCACAAGGCCCUUCUACGCGGAACAAGACACCGCCCGCCCCCUCGUCGCCAGGCCUGACACGCGCAACCGCAACAGCUACGAGUGUAACUGGAGGCGUAGCAGUGCUGUGCCGCAUGUGCGCAUGCGCGUUGGCUUCACAGGCGAGUCUGCAAACGCUGGUGUACGUCUCCACUCGGUUGUUGUGCGACGAGGCUACAGCAUUUGGUGAGGGAAAUGAGCGCCCAACUUGCACAGCAGCGUGGGUCGAGGCUCUUUGUUCUCCGUGUGUUCAAGGUUCAUUCCUGCACAAAGAGAUGGGUAUUCACCGUCGUCUAGCAUUGGGCUACUUGCUCAUCCUUUCUGGCACCGUUCGCGCUGUGUCGCACGGCUGUGUCAAGGGCAAGCGACUUUACAGUCAUUUUGUGGAAUUUGCACAGCGAUUGCUCGAUGACGUGGUGCCCUGCGUGGCAACGAUGGCAGACACGAAGGAUGACAUCUCUCUGACGCAACUGCCUUCUACAAUCUCUUUCACCGAGGACGCAACAUCGGAGGCGGUACGCGGCGUGUUGCACGCACCUUCCCGUCUGACGGUCGAGGCGAACAAUGCACUGCUACACUUAUUUCAUGACAUCGCGCUGGAUGUCUUGGAGGUGCAUGAGAAUGAUGAUAGACAGACAACGCCUAGCCGCUGUAUGGUGUUGGAUCGUGAGGUCCCCUCACGCAUCUGGGCUGUGGCCUCCAUUUUGCGGAGGGCAUUGCUCCGGGCGCUAGACUGGAUUCAGAAGGAAGUUAUUUGGUACGGAAGCUCUGUAGACACUGUGGAGCUCCCGAAGGAGUCUCAGGCCGUUGGUGAGGCGAUUGCUUUGGUUAAACGCGCCCUGGAAGAUGCAUUCACCCAGCUGAUUUAUAGGCAAGAAACAUUUGAGUGCUCGCGGCGAUCUGCUGAGUGGCAAUUUGGGCAAAAUUCAAAGGACUAUCAUGCCAGCAGUGAAAUAAUGUGGACAAACACCCUACGACUUUUUUUUAUCUGCCGGAGCCUAUCAAGUGUGUGGACGUACAUCCACAGCGGUGUCGGUGACGUGGAGGUGCAACACACAGACGCACAGAUAGUGGCGCUUAUUGCUUCUUUUCUGUCGUCCGUGCCAUCUGUGGAGGGAGAGGAAAAGGAAAGUGACGUAUUUUUCGCCACCACAAUGCUUCUUUCAGGGGCACUUGCCGCCGUAGCGGCGGCCCCUGCUCCAUCGAUGCAGGCAUCACUCUGGCUUGCGGAUUUGAACACAACCCAACAAAUUCAUAAUGCGAUUAUUCAGCGGGGACUUCGUUAUCGAGACGAAAAUGUGCAAAAGUUAAGCGCACUACUGUCACGGUUAAUAGUAUAUAGCUCAUCCAACAGUUCCUCCUUUCGCGUCAUUGCCGAUUCCCCCGAUCAACUUUUGGAACUUCUAUCGGAUGGCCGUGAUGGGGCGUCGCAGUGUGUCACUGGUCUAUUGAUUCGCGCGGCCGUUGAACGGCCGCAUUCAAUUUUGCCCUCACUUUUCCGUUUGUUGCAGCAUGGCGACGUCAAGACUCGGCGAAAUGUUCUAGAUGUCCUCGCCGCCCUUCCGCAGGCCUCCGAGGACUCUCUUUACGGAGAUGCCUUUACGUCAGAGCAAAUGCGGCCGGUAUGGCGACUUCUCUCGGAGGAACUUCUCUUACGGAUUCAGGACGAGGAAUUGCAGAUUCGACUACAAACUUCGAAGCUAUUCGCCAAGGUGUGGCCAGAGGAUGUGUGUCGUUCCUUGUUGAGGCUGGCAACACAGCGCGACAGAGCUGUUAAACGACAAUCGGCCGCGCAGCAGGCUUUGCGCUCCGUUGUUGAAGCCCGCAGCGGCGACAAAAGUAUUGUGCUGCUAUUGAUACAAGAGUCGUUGGCGUUGUUGGGGGAAAGUGUGCCACCGAUCCGUGCUGCCCCCUCCACACCAGCUGAUAUUGUGGCGUUUGCAACAUUGCACUCUGGCACAUUACAGGACACCGCUGCAAGUCAACAUGAAAACGGCCCAUCCCCAGCGGAAGAGGGAACUGUCAAGGAAAGACUUGUGCGGGUGGUGGCGUUCUUGGCACGCCAUUGGGCCGAGGGUGUAACAGCGUGGACGGAGGCGUGUGUUCUGCCAUUGUUUCAGCGUGCGAUGGAGGCGAGUGCUCCUUUGGAGCAAGAGCUUGUAAUUCAUGUCAUGACCCAAAUAGCUUCUGUAUGCGGUUCGAGAAGGGACGGUUUACUUGCACUCUCGUUAACUUGCCUUCAUAUCAUGAAACCGACGGAGGAAGAGGACGCAAGCCAGUCAAGGAUAUGGCUGGAAACCACCACCAAUGCCUCAGCGUCAGCUGAUUCUGACACGGCAGGUUACCGAAUAAUAGCACCACUGCUGUUUCUUCGCGGCUGCCCGAGGCGGAGUUUUGCCGCAUUCACCACGCUGAAGGAGAUGCUCCCCCCUGUUGCGGAGCUGUGGCAAUUUCUGUGGAGCGUGAUUCUCACUGCAACGUCCCGCGAAAAGCUACCACUGGAUGCCCAGCGCCUACUACUAGAAGUGUUGUGCAAAUACAACGCCUCUGUCCUGCUGGAGCGGCUACGCGACCUCGAGUCCGGGUUCAAGAAGCAGGGGUUUUUGUCAUCUGAUGCUCGUGACGAGGCGCGUUUUUUGUACCGUGUUGGCUUUUUUUGCAUGGGUUUCCUCCUCUCUCAGAACCGGGCAUCAUUUCACUCGAAAGACACGAGGUCGAACGUAGUGGCGAAUACGCCUGAACCGGAGCAAGAAAAGGCGACAGAGGCAGUCGUCCGCCUAGAAACGGAGGAGGCUGAAGAAGUUGAAUUAGCUGAGUUGGUGGUUGGUGCCCAUAUGGUUGGGCGCUGGGCCGAGGAAAUAGUGGUGCCGUGGCUUUUGAGCGAGGAUGACGCGGGAGUCUGCGAUGGCGCUUGCGCUGCGGAUUGUCAGCGCGUAAGCCGGGCGGCGAUGGAGUGUUUGGCCAUUUUUCUGGUCGUUGCGUUGAAUCGCCCGGUAUUUAACGAUGCCGUGGUACCGUUUGUUGCGCUUCCACUGACUCAGCUGGCAACGCAGUGUCGAGAGCGGUUGACAUGUUUGAGGGAAACGCACAACGUCACAGGUGGCCCCUCCACGGACUGGGAUCUCUCCCCUCACCUCCUUGGGCGUUUUGAGUUCGCCAUGCACAUUCAUCAGCGUGCCCUCAGUCUGCUGCGAACACAUCCCUCAGGGAGGACGAUGCUUAGCCCGUAUUUUAAGCAGUAUAUGCCGCAGUUAAUUGAACUCGCCAACGCCUCUUGCAGCGUAGUUCUGCGUCUUGCUAGGAAGGAUAUUGCGCAGGUGGCUGUUGAAAGUUGUCAUGUACUUUUUCUGGCUGUAAUGGCCACCACUGGUGCGCCUCCAAAGUUCCCUGACAACGGGGUCGCAAAAGGGCACACGCUCCCCUCGAAGAGCGCAUUGAUGCUUCUUCCUGCCACCGAUCGAAACGCGCUGCUUACCUUUGCGGUGGGUAGUGCUAGGUACACUGAACUUCCACAGUUGCAGUCAGAGGGUGUGAAGUUGCUCUCGGCGCUCUUGGGUGCGGCACCCGAUGUUUUCAUGGCGGAGUCUCACAAGGAUGAGGCACCGCUAGGAGAAGCCCUUGCCGUCUUGGCGUCGGUGGCGCUGAUGCAUCCUGAUGCCAAAACCCGCGUCCUUGCGGAACAGGUUUGCGGGGUUUUGCAAACGAACUAA